UCUCUGCAACCUAAAACUUAAAAAACAAAAUUAUCAUUUUUUUUUUGCAAUAAACCCUUCAAGACAAAAUUAGCUUUUUGUUUUUCUUUUUAUAUUUUUUGUUUUCUCCUCGUAAAACCCAUGAGCUAAGUGACCCCUUUGGUUCCUCUUUGCUUUAAUCCUCCAAGCCAAAAAAAAAAAAGAAAAAAGAAGAGAAUGCCUUCUUUUGCUUUUGGAUCUCAUCACCAUUUGGCCAAUCCUAGAGACUCCCCAUACUCCGUCGAAAUUAGCGCCGGCGGUGACUCCUCCUCCGACUUGGAUUCUUUGUCUGAGGUCGAUUUAGAGAGCGGCUGUGUUCCUGCUCCGGAGAAAAAGCUGCAUUCCGGUGGUAAUAAGAGGAGGACAAGGAGGAGAAAGAGGAGGAGGAAGAAGAAGAAGAAGAAGAAGAAGAAGAAGAAAGGUGGUAGAGAUUGCAGGAUCUGUCAUCUUCCUUUAGAGACUAACAAAGAUGCUGAAGAUAAUGAAGAUGAAGACGAUGAAGAUGAUGAUGAUGAUGAUUCUGAUUCUGAUGAAGAUGAAGAAAAUGAAGACGAAGAAGAAGAGUAUUAUGGUUUGCCUUUGCAAUUAGGUUGCUCUUGUAAAGGUGAUUUGGGUGUAGCUCAUAGCAAGUGUGCUGAGACUUGGUUCAAGAUCAAAGGAAACAUGACAUGUGAGAUAUGUGGCGCAAUGGCUGUAAACGUGGCUGGCGAACAGUCAAACCCAGAGAGUAUUGCCUCUAUGCAUUCACAAGCAGCUGCAGGACAACCUCAGACUCAGACAGAGCCACGGGGAAUCUGGCAUGGUCGUCCUUUUAUGAACUUCUUACUUGCAGCGAUGGUCUUCGCCUUCAUUGUUUCUUGGUUGUUUCAUUUCAAAGUCCUUAAGUGAAACGAUUUCCCAUCUCACUUUUUCGCCCACCUGCACGCGCUCACUCUUCUCCUGUUCUUGAGCUGCUUGCAGUUGCUGGAUCCAAUCCCUCCUGUUGCUUGAUUGUUCACACGUUUUGUAGCUGUAAUACCUUGGUAGUGUUUAGAUUGUUGUGACUCGUGAGAUUUACAUCUUGUAUCAUAUUGUUCUACUCCGGCUUGGUGAAACAUCUUUGUAAUUAAGAGGGGCUUAGCUCUUUUGAUUUCAGGCACAAACACCUUUGCCUUUGAAGAAUGGUAAAAGAUAAAUACUGGACAUUAGUUGGGUUUAA